CAGAAAGCACACGUAGGUCUACUACGUACGUACAUGUAUAGAUCUCUUCUGAGUACUGUUAAUAGUCAGCGUACAGUGCAAAGACAAGAGGGAGAAGCUCAAGCUCAAUCUCAUGGCUAAACUUGUCCUCGUAGCUAUUGGAGGGCGAAAAAGAAAAGUUUCUUUUACUGGCUCUAGUUUGAAAGAGCUCAAUGAAGCUAUAGAGAAUGAGUUUGCAGACUGUAUUCCAAACUGUUGCAGAAACUCUCAUUUGCAAAUUUUUGACAAAGAUUUUGAGGAAUAUGUGGAUCUCACAGAUGUGUCUGAAGUAGAAAACAAGUGCAAGCUAAGCGUUGUGUUGCAGGAGGACGGCGUGGAAGAACAAGAAUCACCGGUCAUGGUUCCGUACUGUACGGACUCAUUGGGUGAAGACGAAGCUAAAGCCUCGGGUGAUACUAACCAGGCAGGAGCUGGAGCUGGUGCUCUAAAAACCAACAUCUGGACUGGGAAGAACGUCCUGUAUGUCCACUUUCUCAAUCCCGAUAUUCUUAAACAGGAAAACUGGAAAUGCGGUAGAGCUGUACUAAACAUCGAGAAUAUCCUCGCUUGGGCUGCCGCUUGGAAUACCAAGAAGUGUCUCAGUAUUCCAAUCUUUGAGAAUAUGGAUAGGGCAGAUAGUGCUGACAUCCGAGUCAAAUUUGAAGGUUGUACAUGUUGGUCCAUGGUUGGAAGCCAAGCGAUGACUGUUCAAGAUAUAUCUGAGCCCACAAUGAUCCUUUCACUAAAAGGUCUAGACCCCAAAAUGCAGAAAUUUCUUGUCAUGCAUGAGUUUGGCCAUGCCCUUGGUCUGUUUCACGAGCACCAGCGUUCUGAUUUCUGGAAGGUAGCGAACAGCUUGCUGGAUGUGAGAAAAAUGAAAAAUGAUCCUCGAAUGAAGAAUGUGAAGUUUGACAGAGAUAUUUUGGAAAAGCAACCACAAGAUGCCAUGGUGAUGACGCCAGAGUACGAUCCAGACAGUAUCAUGCACUACUGGUUUGACGUGAACUGGCUUAAGAAUACGAAGCACAAGAGUCUGUCAAAAUUUGAGGCUGAUGGCAGUCUCAGUGAAGACCAAAAGAAUGUUCUGAGAGGGGUUCACAAGAGACAUUUGAGUUAUGCUGAUAGUCCUUCGCAUAAAGAUCUUGAUUUUCUGCAGGAGAUUUACGGAGGAGUGUCACCCUCUCCGACCACAAGCAACUCCCCUGGAUCAGCCUCAGGUCAGCCACCCUCACUGCCAGCAGCACCUUCCUACGGGCGAAUUAAACUUACCUCUGACAAGCGUUACUUCAAUGCUCUGUAUAAUGCUGCUUAUGAGAAAGGAAAGAGCAAGUGGGACGACAUUGGUACUAGUCUGAAUUUAUCUCCAUACGAUUUGACGUCCAUUCGGGAAAACAAUUUGGAUAAUGGAAAACGAUUCCGUGCUGUGCUGUUGAAGUGGUUUGAAAGCUGUCCUAACUGCUAUCUUGACACUUUCCUUGAUGCUCUGAAAACAAAGACUGUGGGCCUAACCAACUGCUGUCAAGAAGUCGAGGAAGCCGUCUUAAGAAUUGAGCAAACAAUUGAGCAAGAGAACGCAGGUAUAUCGCAUGUAGCAAAUGGUGGACCACGAGAUGCCAAGAAAGCACGAAGGUGAAUGUGUCAAAACCUCAAACAUAACUGAUACAUACAGUAUAACUUAAUUUUUUCCUGAUACAGUUAUAUAUAGGCUACAGAGUCUAUAUUUUUGAUAACCCACAAACUUUUUAUACGUUUAUACAUGUACAUGAAUUCUUCUAUUACAGUAAA